CGAUGAGGUUGUCAUUUUAUCCCUUCUUCCACCCCACCUAGAUUUAUUACAACAAAAGGAACCUCGUACCAGACCAUCCCGUCGCCGGACUAUGUCUAAUUGAAACAGAAACACCUAUUUCCAUACAUAAUUAUCUGGACCUUCGAAGUCAUCUUCCGCAAUGACAGUUAACGGAACUCAGAAUGGCGAUAAACCCGCAAAAUUGCAAUUGCACCUCAUCGUUAUCGGUGCAGGUCUAGCCGGACUUGCGGCCGCCAUUAGCACUCAGCUAGAAGGCCACCGCGUCACGGUGCUGGAAAAGGUUUCCAAGCUAGAGGAAAUCGGUGCCGGAUUGCAGGUCACUCCUAAUGCGAGUCGUCUGUUCCAUCACUGGGGAGUUUACGAUGAGCUGAGUUCCAAAGCCGCAAUUCCUUCUUACCUGGCCGUUAGACGUUAUGAUGGUACCCGACUUCUAUCAUACGAGGAACAUUUCCAAGAGAAGGUCCUUGAGCGUUACAAGGCUCCUUUUUGGGACAUUCAUCGUGCCGACUUGCAAGAAGCAUUAGUAAAUCGCGCAAAGUCUCUCGGUGUUGAAAUUCGCUUGGGUGCUGAUGUCCAACAAGUUGACUUCAAACGCGCCACAGUUACCACACGAGAUGGCCAGACGGUGCAAGGCGAUCUCAUUCUCGGCGCCGAUGGUUUGUGGUCGCGCACAAGGAGUUUCUUGCUAGGUCGGCAGCUAACACCGAAGCCGACCGGAGAUCUUGCAUAUCGGAUCAUACUCAAUCUGGAAGAUGUCAAGGAUCCGGAAUUGCGAGAAUUGGUCUCGAAGCCUUCUGUCAACUUAUGGAUCGGUCCAGAAUCCCACGUAGUGGGGUAUUCUCUACGACAGGGCCAGACAUAUAACCUUGUCUUGCUUCGCCCCGACGAUCUACCCGAAGACGUAAGCCGAGCCGCUGCUGAUGUGGAUGAGAUGCGAAAACUAUUCGAGUCUUGGGAUCCCAUUCUAAGCAAGCUAUUAGCGUGCGUAAACCAGGUGGAUAAGUGGCGACUUAUGCAUAUAUCCACGCUAGAUGCUUGGGUGAAUGAAGAGGGUACCUUCUUAAUGGCCGGCGAUGCAUGUCAUCCAAUGCUUCCCUAUCUUGCGCAAGGUGCCAACUCAUCCUUGGAAGACGGUGCGGUUCUCGGCCGAUUAUUGAAGUAUGUGACGAGUCGUGACAAGCUGAUCCCAGCUCUCGAAAUGUACCAACAUCUGCGAAAAAUUCGAGGUGAGGGAAUAGCAAAGGAAGCAUUAGGACAGAGAGAUUCAUUCCAUCUACCUGACGGACCAGAACAAGAGCAAAGGGAUGCCUUGCUUCUAGAAUAUCUUGGCAAGGAGCCACCACCGCAUUUCCCAAGUCGAUGGUCGUGCCCAUCUGUACAACCAUGGCUAUGGGGGUAUGACGCCAUCGUGGAAGCAGACAAGGCCUAUGAGGCCCAUCCUUUUUAACGAAACAGCAAGGUUGGAGGGAUUUAAAUUGAAUGAUAUCAAAAUCUAGAUCAAACCAAGUACGUCAAAGAAAUAGACAUACAUAUGAUAGAGCUGUCGCAUUACAGUAGGUACCUACCUAGCAACUAACAACUUUCUGAAUAUACCUAUUUAUCUAGCCCCCUACUUG